UUUCGGUGACUUCCGGCCGCGGAGGCGGGCGGCUGCGGUUGCGGUCCGCUGUGGCGCGGAGCGUCCGGGUGAGUCCGCGGCCAUGAACUUCUCCGAGGUGUUCAAGCUCUCCAACCUACUCUGCAAGUUUUCCCCCGACGGCAAGUACCUGGCUUCCUGCGUUCAGUACCGGUUGGUGGUCCGGGAUGUGAACACACUGCAGAUCCUCCAGCUGUACACAUGCCUGGACCAGAUCCAGCAUGUGGAGUGGUCGGCAGACUCCCUCUUCAUCCUGUGCGCCAUGUACAAGCGAGGCCUCGUGCAGGUCUGGUCUUUGGAGCAGCCCGAGUGGCACUGCAAAAUAGAUGAGGGCUCGGCAGGCCUGGUGGCUUCGUGUUGGAGCCCGGACGGGCGCCACAUUCUCAACACGACAGAAUUCCACCUGCGGAUAACCGUCUGGUCCUUGUGCACAAAAUCCAUAUCUUACAUCAAAUACCCCAAAGCCUGUCAGCAGGGAAUCACCUUUACCAGGGAUGGCCACUACAUGGCCUUGGCGGAGCGGCGGGACUGCAAAGACUAUGUGAGCAUCUUCGUCUGCAGUGACUGGCAGCUCCUGAGGCACUUUGAUACAGACACCCAGGAUCUUGCAGGGAUCGAGUGGGCCCCGAAUGGCUGUGUGCUGGCUGUGUGGGACACCUGCCUGGAGUAUAAGAUUCUGCUCUACUCCCUGGAUGGCCGGCUGCUUUCUGCAUACUGUGCUUACGAGUGGUCUCUGGGCAUCAAGUCUGUGGCCUGGAGCCCCAGCAGUCAGUUCCUGGCGGUCGGGAGCUACGAUGGAAAGGUGCGCAUCCUCAACCACGUGACCUGGAAAAUGAUCACGGAGUUUGGGCAUCCUGCGACUGUUAAUAACCCCAAGAUAGUCGUAUAUAAGGAAACCCAGAAGAGCCCAAAACUGGCGCUGGGCCGCCUCCCCCUCCCGCCCACCAGGACCACCUCUGAGAGUAAAUAUGAGAUCGCCGCCAUACCAGCCUCCCUGCAGACUCUGAAACCUCUCACGGACAGAGCGAAUCCCAAGAUUGGCAUCGGGAUGCUCGCUUUUAGUCCUGACAGCUACUUCCUGGCGACAAGGAAUGACAAUGUCCCCAACGCAGUCUGGGUUUGGGACAUGCAGAAGCUGAGGCUGUUCGUGGUGCUUGAGCAGCUGUCCCCUGUGCGCUCCUUCCAGUGGGACCCACAGCAGCCCCGGCUGGCCAUCUGCACUGGCGGCAGUAAGGCCUACCUGUGGUCCCCAGCAGGCUGCGUGUCCGUGCAGGUGCCUGGGGAAGGUGACUUCUCCGUGCUUUCUCUUUGCUGGCACUGCAGUGGGGACUCGCUGGCCCUCCUCAGCAAGGAUCACUUCUGUCUGUGUUUCCUGGAGACCGAGGGUAUCAGCCCAGCAGCCAUCAAUCAGCUGGGUGGCCACAUGUAGGCACUGUGCACAGCCACACAUGUGGGAACAGGAGCCACACGCUUCCCUUGUGGAAGUUUCCCUGGGAUGUUCCCCCAGUGUGAUGGUCCAGAUUUAGUGAUUGGGUUCUACUUUUCUAUGGCAAGGCAUUUUUGUAAAUAAUGUAUGGUAUAAAAUUAAUUUUUAUUUAAAAUAAAUAUUUGAUAAUUUAUACAACUGCUAGUACUUGUUUUCUUGAAAGGUUGGGACACAGGAAACUUUACUUGGUUAUCUGAAUUUCUGGUUCCAUCCUCCCCUGAAGAGACUGCAGGUGGCUCCCUGUAUGCAGACCUGGCCCUGCCCUGCAGCCCGUUCUCAGUGUCUGAUGCCAUAGGAAAGCAGGUGGGCUUUUCUUGGGGCUUGUGUAGCCUCCCUGUGGUCGGGCUCACUGUAGAAUGCAGGAGCAAGCCCCAGCACCUCUGGACAAUGCUCCCCUCGGAUGGGGAACUACAGGUCCCUGACCUAAGCUGGUUCUACAUGGACUCUGGUAUCCACUCAGAUUUGAGAGCUAAUGCCCCAGAUACCCCCCCAGCCAUAAGUCCCUCCGUUAGGCUUGGCAAGCAGGUGACCAAGGACCACAGGUCCUGCAUUGUCUUUCUGCAAAGGGACCUAUACUCAGUACGCGCCAGGCAGACAUGACAACUCCAGCUGUGGAUUACACUCAUUUAAGAGGCACGUUCUUGCUGCUUGUACCUACUUUAAUAACUUUAAAAAAGAAACAAUGCCCAUUGGUUCUAAAUGUUUUUACAGAGGUAACAAAAACCAAGGCUAAAGUCCCAGGUGAGCUUCAGAGGAGCCUCUGUGAGCUCCGGCGGUUCCUGCGUUCUGAUCAUACCACCCUGGGUAGCUCAGAGUUAUAAAUAAAAGGAAGAAACUGAUUUAUAAACAAACGCAGGCAAGCUAGCGUGUGGCUGCAGGGAGGUGUAUGGGGUCCCCACACCAGAGAGCCUUGUAGCCGCAGGAGCUGUGGGAACCAAGCCAGGCAUUAGCUUCUCCAUAAGGAUCUGAUAGGGUUCUUUUUUUAAAGUGCAUUCUUUAAAAAGCAAACUACUCAAUUCCCUUAAGUAUGAAUAUAACAGUAUGAACUUAGAAUAUAUACUUGUCAAAGUUGUGUGCAAAGACCAAGGUGAUUUUCUCAAACUGUCUUAAAAUGAUUUUCUGU